CGCUUCCUUUUUCCUGUUUCGGAGGCGAUUGGCGGAGCUUUCUUUGUUUGGAACGAACUCGGUUUCACUUGUGCUGCCAUUCGAAUCCAAGACCCGCUUUCUCUUCUCUCCUUCUCUUCCCCCUCUGCGUCGCUCCCUCCUCUAUCCAGCUUACCAACUGCACCUUAACCAAAACGAGGAAAAAGAAAAGAUGCAGCGCCUGCCCGAGCUGAGCAAGGAUCCAAACCAGCCGCCGUCGCUCCAGGAAGCGAUUGCUGUCUUCCACAUCUCAGUGUACGGCAACACGGCGCACAUCUCCCUCCAGGACGCCACCAAGUGGAUUCGAGAGCUGCAAGACUCGAUCCAUGGGUGGGCAGUCUCGCGCUGCAUUCUCCAGCUCGUCGAAGACCCGGCCACGUAUAGCCAACUCGAUGCAGGCAUCUUUACUGGCGCGGCGAUGCUCUUGCGCAAAAAGAUGCAAGACGUCAAACUCGUCGCUGGACAGCUGCAGCAGAUUGUCGAGUUGCGAGAAGUGGUCCUGACGUGGAUUGCGCUGUUUGAUGAGCGCGGCGACUCGGCUACCGUCACGCAGCUGGCCAUGAUUGUCGCGCUCAUUGCUGCUCGCCUCACCAACUGGAACGAUCUCGUUCGGCUUGCCAUCACCAGCCUUGCUCGAACGCAAUCCAUGACCAUUUCCUCCGUCCCCCCAGAUCCGUCACUCCCUCAGCAAGGCGAGCCGACGGGACCCUCCGAGCGCUUUGACCUCGACUUUCAUGCGUAUGCCUUGGAACAGCAACAGCAGCAAGCACAGCUGCAGCUGCCUGCCCCGCCCAGUCUCGUCGCGUGGACUGGCAUUUGCAAGUGCAUCAGCGAGUUUGUUGAAGAGUGUCAGCGGCACAAUGGAUCCACCCGCGACCGCAUGUCGCGAGCAUUGCGGCACGAUGGCUUGCUCAUCCUAUCGUUUUUGGAGGCGGCUAUGACUUUUGGCUGCAUGGUGGCGCCAAACGUUGCGCUGCAAGAAGUUGUCUUCAAGACCUACUCGGCGGCCGUCGCGUUGGGCAUCUUCCGCUGCGAUCAGCUUCUCCAGACGACCAUGCUGACGGCGCCAUUCGACGCGCUGUCGCAAGAUUUCAACUUGAGCCUUGCAGCUUCUGAAGCAGCGGCCAACCUGUUCACCCAGUCCUGGCGCGCCUCGCACAACACUCUCUUUCCUGUGCUGAGCAAGCGGCUGUUGGAAAACAUUUUGCCGCUCUACCAGCAACUCAUCCAAGAGUACCUGGCCAACCCCGAAGACGAUAGCAGCGAAGACAAGCUCCAGGUCGCUGGGCGACUUGUACCCGUGUUUGUCUCGUUCGCCACGUCGUACCUGCAUCUGUGGCAUGAUGUGCUCCCGUUUGCACUCCCUCCCUUUGCCUAUGUUGUCGAGAUUAUGGUCUUUUUGACGCAGCAUCCGGCACACAAGCACGCCCAACUCGUGUUUGAGUUUUGGGAGCAGCUGAUUGAGCGGUGCAAGCACUUCUCCUUCAACGAAGAGAUCGACCUCGCCGAGAUUGAACGCGAGUGCCAGCCUUGGUUCCAGCAACUGGUCGGCAUCUUUAUUCGCAUGUGCACGAUUCAGGAAGAGUCCAACGAACUGAACGAGUACAACGAAACACUUCUCGAGGACGGACGCGUCACCGACGUGUUUGACACGACGCGCUCGACCUGCCGCAAGCUAGUCCGUGCGUUUGUCGAAGAGUUUUCGCCGCGCAUUUUUGUUGAAGCGUGUUUCCCGUACAUUGAGAACGCCUACAAAACAAACAGCUGGACAGAGCUGGAGGGCGCCCUGCAAAUCGCCAGCGAGCUCUACCGCCGCGCAGGUAGCUUUGAUCGCACUCCGGUGGCCAACCAGCCCGUCGAUCCUGAGACACAAGCACUGCACAAGAUGCUCGCCAACACCCUGAUGGCGCUCUGUGUCGAUGUCACGCAAGAAGACAUCCCACCCUGCCUGCGCACCCUGUCCGUGCGCAAAGCCAUCAUGCGCGUCAUUGGCAACGCCAACGAGUGGCUCACCAAUCAUCCCACCUACAUGAUGCCCGCCUUUACGACGUUGCUCUCUGGCUUGCAACAGCAAGAGCCGGACGUGACCAAACGCGCGGCAUACGCGUUGUAUCGCUUUACAGAGGUCUUGGACAGCGAGUAUGCCCCCAUGUUCAUGCCCCACCUCCUUCAACUCGUCCUCAAUGCAGAGUCUCUGGCGUUCCGCGAUACGGAUGACUUUUUGGACAUUUUCAAGUCUUUCGGCCAGGCAGUAUGCCAAGUGCCCGCCACUGAAUGCUUGCCGGCCAUCCAACAGGCUGUCGAGGUGACGCUUGUCGGCCUUCGAAACUGCGUGGCGCAGGCUGUUGCUUCGCAAGGCGCCAUUGAGACGUCCAACCGCAAACAGCGAGCAGGCUUCAUCAAAGCAUCCGAGCUUCACGUCGCCAAUCCGCUGCUGACAGUCCAACACUUUUUGGAUCGCAUUCGGAAAAUCCUCGAGCCAUUCCCAAGCAUGCGCAGCUGGCACGAGCGCCAAAAUCGGCUGGCAGGGCACACGAUUGACGUCGCUGCCGCGCAUCCCUUCCCCAGCCUGCUGCAAAUGGUUUGGGCUGAUAUUGUGAAUGUCAUGACGCAGUUUGCGUUUGAUGCUGAUACUCUGAACUCGGCCAUUUCGUUGCUCGGCGAGUUCUUCCGCAACGGUGCGUCUGGCACCCUCUGCCUGCCGCUGCUGCCCGACUUGGCACAACUGGUCGUGAGCCUGUACACUCCAGCAACUCAGUUCCACUAUUCAAUCCUGUGGUUUGCCGAGCGCUUGCUCGAGUCCUUUGCUGACGUGAGCUCCUUCCGGGGCGACGAAGGCUUCCCUGCAAGCGAUCCACUCGCAGCAGCCAUGCCGCAAGAAGAGCGUGAUCGCGUGCGCGAUACGCUGUACUCGAUGGUGGCCAACGUGGCCACCGUGACGUUUGCGCUGCUUCGCCAAUCGCUCGACGGCCAGCACGAAACCUGCGCUGGCCUGUUUGCUCUGCUCGAAUUGCUGGUCGACAGGGCGCCCCUCUUCUUUUUGCAGUGUGAUUUGCUCACGCCGUCCCUCGAAAUUUCCACGCUGUGCAUUUCUGCCGAUUCCAACACGAUGUGCGAGUCCGCCACCCACUUUGUCGUGGAAGUGUUCAAUACCCAGCGACAAGACCGUCGCGCCGCCAUCCCUGUGCCUGGCGAGAACGAGCUCGAGUUUGACUCGAAUCCCAGCUUUGCGGAAGCCCCUCUCAACGGACUGGCGCUGUCUGCCGAACAGCAAGUCCAAUUGGCACUGCUGCAGCAGCUCGUCCCACAGUUUGCACCGCCGAUGAUUCGUGCCAUCCUGUUUGACAGUAUCAAGCACAGCAAUAGCGAGAAGCGCAUCAACUCGCUUGUUCAUGUGCUCCAGGUGUUUGGGCAAAUCGACCCCAACCUGGUGUCGAACGUGGCCACUGACAUGCUCCAAGAUACGCCAAUGUCCGAGCACGCUCGAUUCGAACAAGCCCAGGCAGCUCGUCAGGAGGUGCUGCAGGUGCUUUCUCGAUCCCCAUACCGAGGAACUGAAAUGCGACAAGCGUUGCGUGGAUUACACCGGCAGUAGUUAUGAUUGAUGUAUUUUCUGUAUUAACAACAACAACUAGCAAAUGAAAAAACGAAAAA